AUGGCGGGGUUCUUCCAGAAGCUCAAAGGGGCCGGAUCUGGUGUCUCAAAAUCCGAUAACACCGCAUCCGCAAAAAGCAAAAAGGACGAACCUCAGCCAGACCUGACGCCGCUCGAGAAGCUGUUACAAAAUGCUGGUCCGAUCCGGGAAGACGGCAGCGACAAAUUCUUUGGGUUAGAAAACUUCGGCAAUACAUGUUAUUGCAACUCGAUUGUUCAGGCACUAUAUCACUCGGAGCAGUUCCGACGGCAUGUCGUCAACUACCCCCCGCCGUUACCCGGGGACGAGGGGAACAGGCAGAGGCGGAAGGUCAAUGUUACAAUACGACCUCCGGUGCAGCCGGAGCAGAGCGGGAAUGCCGCCGGCCCGAGUAAGCCGCGGCAGUCCUUCGGCGGAGGACCGCAGCUCCCUCCUGCUGUCCCACCUUUGCGCCCGGAGGACAAACCGGACUCGCCGGAGUACAAGAAGAAGCAGGCCAUGCUGAGGGGGCCGAUAUUAGAGCUCGCGCAAGAGAGCGUCGACCCUUCCGGCAUGGAGGAGUGUACCUUUACGGCACUCAGAGACAUCUUCCAGGCCAUGAUCGAAAGUCAGUCCAGGACGGGCGUGAUAAGCCCGCAGAGGUUCCUGGACAUCUUCAAGCGUAACAACGAGAUGUUCCGCAACUCGAUGCACCAGGACGCUCAUGAGUUCUACGGCAUAGUUCUCAACGACGUGAUCGCGAACGUCGAGGCUUACGCCAAGAGGACGCAAGAGCUGGCAGACAGCACAAGCAAGGAGGAUCCGUCGUCUCAUCAGGCCGCAGGCGCAAUAGCCUUGACGACGACGACGAUGACGACGACCACCACCACCACCAAUGCCGGUUCUGUGACGCGGUCGUCGGGGACCGGCUGGGUGCACGACAUCUUCGAGGGCGUGCUGACUUCAGAAACCAGGUGCCUGACCUGCGAGACGGCAUCACAACGCGACGAGACGUUUCUAGACUUGUCAAUCGACUUGGAGGAGCAUUCGUCCGUGACUGCGUGCCUGCUCAACUUCUCGGCCGAGGAGAUGCUGUGCGAGAGGAACAAGUUCCACUGCGACCACUGCGGCGGCCUGCAGGAAGCGGAAAAGCGGAUGAAGGUCAAGAAACUGCCCAAGAUUCUCGCGUUGCAUCUGAAGCGGUUCAAGUACACCGAGGACUACAGCCGGUUGCAGAAGCUCUUCCAUCGUGUCGUCUACCCCUACCACCUCCGGAUGUUCAUGACGACCGACGACGCCGAAGAUCCCGACAGGAUGUACGAGCUCUACGCCGUGGUUGUGCAUAUCGGAGGGAACGCGUACCACGGGCACUACGUCGCGGUUAUCAAGACCAAAGACCGUGGGUGGCUACUCUUCGACGACGAGAUGGUCGAGCCGGUGGACAAGCAUUUCGUCCGGAACUUCUUCGGAGACAAGCCCGGGAUGGCGUGCGCCUACGUGCUGUUCUACCAGGAGACGACGUUCGAGAAGGUGCGGGAAGAAAUGGAUGCCGAAGGCCUGGACCAGGUGAAGCUGGCCACCCAGACGGCAGACACCGCGGCGACCACGGAGUUGCCUAACGGGUCAAGCACCGCUCUGCUCUCGAAGCUCAACUCGCAGCCCCUGUCUCCGGUGGACGAGAACGAAACGCUAGCCACGCUCGAUCAGGCCAGGUCGGCCCCUCCCGAGAUCCACGUGACCACAAGCACCACCUCGGGCGGUCCGCCGCCGCCUCCCCUGUCCGCUUCGGAAGUCCACCCUCUAGUCGCAGCGCCACCCCCCGGCUCGGCCGUCGCGACAGGAGAGGACAAGGGCACCGCUGUUACGUCAAAGACCAAGGCGCAACUAGCCAAGGAAAAGAAGGAAGCCAAGGCGCGGGAGAAGGCCGAGGAGAAGGCACGGAAAGCCGCCGAAAAGGAACAGGCUCGCCUCGCUGCGAAGGAGCGCAACGAGGCGCAACGCAGGCGAAUAGAGGCGGCCAGGCUCGAACGCGAGCAGUUAGCCCAGGUGUUAAAGGAGAGCAGGCGGAUGGCGGAAGAGGAAGAGAAGCGGCGCAGGAAAGAAGUCGGGGCAAUAACGACCACGGACACAACCACCUCGUCCGACGCGGGUGCUGGCGGCGGCGGCGGCGGACGCGGCGGCGAUGGCGAUGGUGGCGACGAGCAGCAGCACCACCGAAACGGUCUGUUCAACCGCGCCGGUCGGACGAGCAAGUCCAUGACCCGCAAAAGCUUCGCCUUCCUGCACAUCGGCCAGAACAAGGACGAGGAUAAGGGCGACCCGAAGGGGUACAGAACCAAUCGCAGCGAGGCAGGCGAGAGCGGGAGCGUCCAGGGCGAGAGCAUCCCGUCGUCGGGCGCCAAGGAGAACGGGGCGCCCUCGCCCUACUCCCACAACAAGAACGGCGGCGGUAGCAACGGCAACGGCAACGGCACCAGCACCAGCACCAGCACCAGCAUCGGCGGCAUCAACGGAUCGCCCGCCAAAAAGCCGAGCAACCCCUUCCUGGCGCGGGCCAUCCCACGGUCGGACACGGCGCCCGCCGGGGCGGUCAGCCAGCUGCGACGUACUCCCGACAAGCACGACAGGGAGAAGGAUAGAGACGGCAAGGAGAACCAGAACCAGAAACCGGCGCUCAAGGAGAGGUUCAGCUUCGGGCUCGGCAGGAAAAAGAGCAGCAGGUUCCUGUCUUCGGCGUCCUAA